UUCAUUAAAUUUGUUUUUACAAAUUUCUAAAAUAUACUGAGGCUAGCACCAGGAUCUUAGUCUUGUUUAAAGGCCGUCUGCAACCUUAUCCGCAUACUUAAUAUUUCUAUUUUGAAUUGAUUUUUUUUUUUUUUUUAAAGCAUCCUUAAACCAAACUCUGCUUUUCUUAUUACAGCCUUUCACCUGUGCCAGACUGCGAUUUGGACAUUUUCCACUGCUACCUGCUGUGAAACUCACCUGCAUCAAGAGCUCAUAAAUACACAUACCUCUUAAUUCUAAAUUUAUUUAGACAAAAACAUAAUCUACACAUUUACACAACACAAUUAUUUUAACACAAAAACAUACACACACACUGCUAAAUUUGAUUAACUUCUAUCUUUCUAUCAAGCAAAAUAUUUGUACUACAUUUGACUUUAUUUUUGCUUCUGAUUUUAAUAACAACUUUUUCCCCCCAGUUCUCUUUUGCUGUGAUUUGACAGAAUGCCACGAAGAGGGCGUCGGUCGGAGGCAGCCAAGAUCAGAUGGAGAAGGAUGGACUCUGAGCCAGAUAUUGCCAAGCCCACGACACCCCAACCCACCCCGCAGGCCUGGUCCCCCACUCAGUCUCCAGAGAAGAAGAAACCCCUACUGAUGGCGUUCGGGCCCCCAGACCAGACAUGUCCCAUGGUGUGCCAGGAGGAACCUCGUGAGCCAUCGACCCCCCUCCGGUCUCGUCAAGGGACAGGGUAUCGGCAUCGUGUCAUGCAGUGGGGCUAUUCACGCGUAUCCAGGCGUAGGCGUAAGUUCGUGCUCCUAGCCGAGGCUCCAGAGAAAAAGUUUGCUCUAUUGGUUGGCGAUUCCCAUUUGCGAGCUAUUGUGGAUGGGUUUGUCACCAUGCCAAAGAGUACUUUCUCCUUAGGGGUGCUGUCUUCUCCUGGAGCAUCUGCAGACGAGUUGCGACGUGAGGUACUGGAUACGGUUCUGCCUCGGACCCCAGACGUCAUCUGUCUUCUGGCGCCCAGCAACAACUUGAGUUCUAGCACGACCUACCAGGAGGCGGGACGGGACUUCGACUCUUUGUUGCAUACCAUAAGCAACCUCUGUGCUAAUGUGGUUGUUUUGGACUUCCCACCACGGCUCAUCGUCGAGGAGAGGGAGCAGACACUCCUGCGACAGGAGUACAGCCGUGUAGCAGCCAAGAGAAAUGUUCGGUACCUACCGGUCAUUGAGCACUUCCCUCUCAGCCACCUGGACUUGUGGAGCAGGGAUGGUGUUCAUCUGAGUGACGCACCUGGGAUGGAGGUUCUUGCUAAGUUGCUGUGGGCUGCGGUCUCCACGCAACUUCAGUUAAGUGCGCCUGUGUCUGAGUCUCUAGCUCUGUCUGCUUUUCCACCUCUAUCUGCUUGUCCCCCCGUCUCGUUGCCUCCUUGUCCCCCCGUCUCGUUGCCUCCUUGUCCCCCCGUCUCGUUGCCUCCUUGUCCCCCCGUCUCGUUGCCUGCUUGUCCCCCCGUCUCGUUGCCUGCUUGUCCCCCCGUCUCGUUGCCUGCUUGUCCCCCCGUCUCGUUGCCUGCUUGUCCCCCCGUCUCGUUGCCUGCUUGUCCCCCCAUCUCGUUGCCUGCUUGUCCCCCCGUCUCGUUGCCUGCUUGUCCCCCCGUCUCGUUGCCUGCUUGUCCCCCCGUCUCGUUGCCUGCUUGUCCCCCCGUCUCGUUGCCUGCUUGUCCCCCG